AUAAAUAUUUAAGUUCUAAUUCAACGAAUUUCUUUAUCUUCUUUUGAAGAAUUCAUUAAUCCAUUUUUAAAACGGUAGUUACCUGCAUGUGAGUAGGAAAAUAUCUCAUUAUGGCAUCUUUUUACAUUAUCAAUAUCCUAACUGACAAAGGGAAAGAAAUGUCUUACAAUGUAGAAGAACUAAAAUGAAAAUUUUCUAUUAAGCCUCUUUAUUAUAUAAACUAAUGACACCCAUGUCACAUGCAUAUGUGAUCUCUUGUUUCUCAAUUCCUCCAUGUUUUUCCUGCUUAUUGGCCGCUUCAGACUUUGGCUCCAUUCAUAACCUGAAUUUAAUUUCAUUUCUAUACUCUCUCUCUCUCUCUCUCUCUGUAUAUAUAUAUAUAUAUAUAUCUGCAUUUCAGGCCCCGGUUUCGAAGGCUCUUUUCAGCACCCAGCAGAAAAGUUCAAUUGCUUCAGGUUGAUAUAGAAAGAAAAAGGAAACUAAACCAGAUCAAGUUUUUAUUUUUCCCUGGUAAGGAAAGAUGAAUCCUUAUGGAAGAGUUAAAGAAGAGUUUCCAGGAGCAAGCUCUUCAUAUCCAGCUGGUAUGCCUUCUAUGGUUACCGCUCAACCAAUGAAAGGACUCCAUGAUGCAGGUCCUCCUCCUUUCCUCACAAAAACAUAUGAUAUUAUUGAUGAUUCAAGCACCAAUAACAUCAUCUCUUGGGGUAGAGCCAACAAUAGUUUCAUUGUAUGGGAUCCCCAGGCAUUUUCCAUGACUCUUUUGCCUAGAUUCUUCAAGCACAACAAUUUCUCAAGCUUCGUCAGGCAACUCAAUACCUACGGGUUUAGAAAGGUUGAUACAGAUAGGUGGGAGUUUGGUAAUGAAAAGUUUCAUAGAGGGCAAAGGCAUUUGCUUAAGAAUAUUAGGAGGAGAAAGACACAUCAACCUCAGGCUUCACAGUCUGCUUUAGAUCAUUGUGUUGAAGUUGGGAGGUUUGGUCUUGAUGGAGAGAUUGAUAGGUUAAGGCGUGACAAGCAGGUUUUAAUGGUGGAACUGGUGAAACUUAGACAGCAACAGCAGAACACAAGAACUUGCCUGCUAACAGUGGAAGAAAGACUAAGAAAGACUGAGAUGAAACAGCAGCAAAUGAUGAGUUUCUUGGCCAAAGCCAUGCAGAAUCCAAGCUUUGUUCAGCAACUAAUCCAACAAAAUGAUAGAAGUAAUGAACUUGAGGAAGCAAUCACCAAGAAGAGACAGCGGCGGAUCGAUCAAAGGUCCAUGGAUGUCGAAACUAGUGAAAUUUUAGGAGUCAAAAUUGAAUCUGAGGGCUACGGUGUUGCUGACUUUGAAGUUACUGAGCUAGAUAAACUUGUUAUGAACUUGCAGAGACUGACGGGGAGCCAAAACAAUAUAGAACUUGAGCAUGUGGAAGAAAGCAAAGAUCAUGGAAGUAAAGGUAAAAGCCUUGAUGAAGGGUUUUGGGAUGAUUUAAUGGAUGGUGAUACUCAUGAUAUUGAUCAAGAAAUAUCAGUUUUAGAUGUCGAAGAAGAAGAUGAGCAAUAUGUAGAUGUUUUAGUUGAGCAACUGCGUUAUUUGGGUUCCAGUUCCAAGUAGAUAAGAUGCUAAGAUCACUUGUGAGUUUCGUAUCUAACUUUUGAUGACUUAAAAACCAGAUCCAUAGCUACGAUCUAACAGUUUCAUUACUGGCUUCUUUAUCAGGGCUCAAAUGAUGCCAAACCCAAGUAAAAUUUUCUGGUUGGCUUGGCUUGUUGAAUUUAUCUUUCACAUUGACAAAAAGAAUGUAAUGCUUAUAGCUUGAUUGAAUUGAAGUAAUAAUGUUUUGACUGAUCAAAACAAUUACAGGGUUA